AUGGCAGCGUUGUUCUCGAGAUCGUCCAAGGCACUCCCAUAUCUCACUGGAGUAGCUGUGGUGGGAACAGCAGGCACAGCAUUCUAUGUCACGCGAAGACCCAUCAUGCUCGACUCUGCCAAUAACUCACCUAUCAAGACUCUGGCGUUCCCCAAGACGAUGCUCUUUAGCCAGACCUUGACAGUUGCGAGCUCCGAGCAGAUCAACCACGAUACGAAACGCAUCACGUUCAAGCUUCCCGGCGGUAGCGGCGAGGUCAGCGGUGUUCCGGCAGGAUCUGCCGUCCUCACACAACACACACCCUCGGGGGCUUGGUUUCCAGUCCUACGACCCUACACACCCGUCUCCGAUGCCAACACACGAGGCGAGCUACAAUUCAUCGUGAAACAGUAUCCCAAUGGCAGAGCAUCGACGCAUAUGCACUCUCUCGCUCCUGGUCAAACGCUCCAGAUCCGAGGACCGAUUCCCGGCUACAGCUAUACGCCAUCAGACAAGAGCCGCGAUCUCCUUUUUGUCGCAGGCGGGGCGGGCAUCACACCUCUCUACAGUCUCGCAAGAGGGAUCCUCAGCGACGCAAACGACCAGACACGCAUUCAGCUACUCUGGGGAGUGAAUGGCACACGAGACAUUGUGCUGAAGAACGAGCUGGAACAACUUGAAAAGCAAUACCCUGGAAGACUCCAGGUCACGUACUGUGUGUCUGGUCCAGAAGGCAAGCCUGAAGCUGCGAGCUUGGGUGAUGAGACCAAGUACAAGAAAGGCUAUGUCAACAAGAGUGCUCUGCAAGAAGCUAUUGCCAGGACGCAGAGCUUGGGUGAUGCCAAAGGGACGAAAGUGUUCUUGUGCGGACCUCCGGCGAUGGAGAAUGCUUUGACUGCUAAUGGUGGUGUGCUUGCGGAGCUGGGAAUUGAGAAGAAGAAUGUCCACAAGUUUUGA